AGAUUAUUUUUGUUGGCUCGAUUGUGCUCUUAGUCACGACAGUACUACAACGAUACUUUGCGCAAGUUUUGCAAAUUAAAGCGACACUCUGAUGUCACAAACUCAUUCAUCACCAUCCUGAUGUAGUUGCGCUGUAGUGCUGAAAUGACUCAUCACAUCUCCGCCCCUUGCUUCCCCUGGGAAACUCUUCAGUCUGCUAUAAAACUGGAUCUGUCCGGGAUGGUCGACAGAGCGGAAGAGACUUUGGAGCUUAAGUUUUCACAAUGGAGUUUUGCACAUUUGCGCUUUUGGCACUGUUUUCCUCCUUUUACGGCGUUUUGGCCCUGGCUCCUAAAGGUAACGCGCAGCCUUUCUCGUUUCUUUAACAAACUCUUUCAAACACUUUAAACCUUAAUUUGUCUGUAGUCAUGUGACCUCGUUCCUAAAUAAAAAGGGCAUUUUGACUGAUGAUUGUAAGGCGCAAUGUUCUUAUUUUUCUGUGGCGCUUUCAUGCGUAAAUUACAAUAUCUUUUCUGUUUUCAGGUGUCUGUCUCCUUCAAGUAGACGAGGGACCUUGCAGAGGAGAAAUUGAACGCUACUACUACAACACCAUCACUCAGAAGUGCGAGAUUUUCUACUAUGGAGGCUGCCAGGGGAAUGCCAAUAACUUCAAGAGCUUUCAAGAGUGCCAGAAGACCUGCUUCAGAAUCCCAAGUAAGUUUCCAAAGUGAUGGACGUGGGGGUGACUUUGGACAUGUUUGAAAGUUAAAAAAACGUGCACUGGGUGUGGCAAAAUUUUCAGCUCAAAAAAUUAAAAAAACAUAUCACUAUAUUUUUCUGCUUUUGUGUGAUUUCUGGUUGCAAAAGAUGCGCAAAAACUACAUAAUGCUACUUUUCCCACCCUUAAUUUAUGAUAUUCUUCUUCACAGAGAUCCCCCAAAUAUGCAGGUUCCCCAAAGAGGAGGGACCCUGCCGUGCCCUCUUCCCCAUGUACUUCUUCAACAUGACUUCUAUGCAGUGUGAGCCUUUCUCUUAUGGUGGCUGCAUGGGCAAUUCUAACCGCUUCCAAGACCUGGGUUCAUGCAUGGAGUACUGCAGUCCAAAAAAAAGUAAGACUCAGUCAGUCUCUGGGGUGCUUCCACUGGAGUGAUGCUUAGAGGGGACUACAUGUGUAUGAUUUAACUCCAGAUGUUGGGUUUAUAUUGCUAGGAGGAAGAGCAGCUUUUGAGGUGAAGCUUAGUGGGUGACUGACAACCAGCUUUUAUGGUUUCAAUGUGUGUGAGCCUGUGUGAGAACAGAUAAAGGAGUCAUAUGGAAAAGAUCAAAACACCAAAAGGGAACAAUUUUACUCUGAAAAAAGAAAUCAGAACUCCAGAAACUCCUCUUCUGUUCUUCUCUGUGAUUGGCUGCCUAAUCGUGCUUUGUGUUUGACUUGACAGCGGUUCCUGUGCUCUGCCUGGACCCUCUGGACAAAGGGAAGUGCUCAGCCUCCAUUCCUCGCUAUUACUACAACACAGCCACCAAGAUGUGUGAAGAGUUCAUUUACUCGGGCUGCGGAGGGAGCAGCAACAACUUUGUCUCCAGGCAAAACUGCAUGGACGUGUGUGUAAAAGGUGUGUAAGCAGAGAGUAUUGUGUGUGUAUUUUUAGUAAUAAGAUGUUUUUUUGUAGGAGGGGGUUGCAGAUAAGAUCAGUGAUGACAAAGCAGUCUGUUAGUUGGGAAAAUAACAUUCAGCUGAUUUCAUUAUCAAGCCAAAUUCAAGCUGGGUGCUGCUCAUGUGCUAAUCAGUGUUUGUUUUCCCAGGAGCCAAAAAACACAUGAUCCAAUCCAAAGUUCGUUGCAGGAGGCGAAGAAGAAAUAAUCUCCCCACUUUCCUGCAGGCGUAGAUGCCUGAUAUCAGGGAUCUCAACUCGACAAACCCUUCAUGGACGCUAACAUUUGAUAAACUGUGUCUGCUUGUGCCAAAAAGCUGAGCAGAAUUUGUGCUUUUUUGUUGUUACUGAAGGAUUAUUAUUGGCACAUACACGGAUUUACACUGUAUUUGUAAUGCUUUAUGAGCAAGUUCAAAUGUGACUUUAUAUGUUGUUGACAAAGUUUUACCACUGCACUAUUGUUCAUGGGUUGUAUGUUUUGAUAUUUUAUAUGUUUUGUAUAAGAGUUUUGUAUGAUAAAGAUCUUUUUAUGUGUUCAACUCUUUUAUAAGCACUUUUUAAAAAUAAAACAUGAAGAAUAAAUUUAAGCUAUUUCACCAUU